UACGUGUGUAUGUGUGUGUGUGUGUUUGUGUGUGUUUGUGCAGCCCAUGAAGAUGCGUCUUCACUUCUGCCUCUGACCACUGAGACACUGACCUCGGAGCUGUGAGAUCCUUCAAACAUGUACAACCUCACGAUGUCUCCUAACGCCUCCGUGCCGCUCCACAUCCUCAAGUCCUCUGAGGACGACCACAGGACAACGGUGGACAUCGACACCAUCAUGAACACCGUCACCAUCGUCCUCUACACAGUGACUGUGGUGCUCGGCAUCACCGGGAACUCCGUGGUCAUCUGGGUGGCUGGAUUCAAGCUCAAGCCGAACGCCAUGAACGUGUGGCUGGUGAACCUGGCGAUAGCCGACCUGAUCUUCUGCGUCACUCGCUCCUUCUCCCUCAUCAAGAAGUUAUUCUUUGACAAAUGGCCCUUUGGCGCCUUCCUCUGCAAGUUCAACGGCUUCUUCAAGUACGCCAACAUGUUCUGCUCCGUGUUCCUGCUGGCAGUGAUCAGUGUGGACCGGGCGCUCUGCGUCUGGCUGCCCGUCUUCACCAAGCGCCGGCGCACCCUGUGUGCCGCGAGGCUGGUGGCUGCCUGCGUGUGGGCGGCCUCACUCGUCCUCAGCGCUCCGUACUUCGUCUACCGACGGGUCUACCUGGGGAAGAACAACCAGACCAAGUGUUCUUUUGAGGUGAAGGAGACGUCACAGGGCGACGAAAGCACCAAAGUCGCUCUUUACUCCAUCCGCUUCACAUGUGGCUUCAUGCUGCCCUUCCUGGUCAUCCUGCUGUGCUACCUCCUCACCGGCCUUGGCAUCCGCCGCACACGUCUGUCUGGGAAAAAGCGUCCUCUACGUAUAUUGGCGUCCUUGGUGAUUGCGUUCUUCCUGUGCUGGGCUCCGUACCACUGCCUCCAGCUGGUGAAGAUGGUGGACAGUGACAACAAGGUGGUGAAGAUAUGGCACCCUUUGGCAAAGAGCAUGGCCUACUUCAACAGCUGCAUCAACCCGCUGCUGUACUUCUGCAUGGGGCUGAACGUGAGGGGGCGCUUCAGGCAGAGUCUGUCGGGGGUGUUCAGAAAGGCUCUGGCAGAAGACGUGGACGGACAGACGACCCAGUCCCACGAGCUGGACGACAGUGGAGCAUCGAGACAAACCGCUGGCGUGGUGACAAGAAGGAGUCAGGCAGCAGUGGACGUAGUGAAGGUUUGAACGUCUCAGACUGAUCGGUCCGAUUGAAGGACCAAACACGUGACGUGGUUCAAAUCACUGUGAAGAGGGGGGGG